CCCCGCUUGAGUUGGCAGGGGAGAAGGAUAAAAGAAGCGAGCGGCAGCGUUGGGCGUCUCACUGCUUCCUACCGUUGACAGGUUUGCAGUUCACAAUGAAGAUCAUUCUAGUGUGCCUAGCUCUGCUAGGCGCCACCUACGCUCAUUUACCUAUUGAGGAAGUUGAGAAACGAUGCCUGGUUGACAAACCGGGCGUGUCACAAGGUGUCGCCUACGUCGCGGACACAGACUGCGCCUAUUUCUGGCAGUGUGAUUUCGCCUACACCCUACUGAAGAAUAUCACCCUCAAAAAAUGUCCCAUCGGAACGCUGUGGGUCACCAUCGGGAUUCUAGCAUCCCCACCAGCACCCGGUCAAGAACCAGUGGUUUGUGUCAACUGCGAGUUGCAGCCCGACCCUGUGUGUCAUGUAAAGUACCCCCUCGGGUCAAAACAGUGCCCAUAUC